AGAAGAGGGAGUGGAGAGGGAACCGAGGGGGAGAGGAGAGGAGGAGAGGCAGAGCUGGAAAAUAGUGUGUGACAGAAGAAGAGAGAGCAGAUAUGAGAAGGAGUGAGGAGACCUGAGAAAAGAACCUAAUUCAGCAUUGUGUUUCCAGCCAGCCUCUCACACUGCUGUGAAACCCUCUUGAACUGCGCUGCUGCUGCAUGACUGAACGCUAUCAGUCCCGAGCAGGCAGCCGCCAAACCCACACACACACACACACACACAUGCACACACACACUCACAUGCACACACACGCACACACAAAUGGAUAGGACUCGUCCGCUGAGGCGGUUUGGUGUGGUGGACUUGGAGUGACAGUUGGGAAUAACUGGUUUCUUCGUCCUGUCAGUGUUGUAUGAAGAUGCAGUGACAGCAGCUGGAACUGAGCCCUGACAGCUUUACAGCUUGGACGUCUCCAAAACAGACAAAACAGGACAACAAAGAUGUCAGUGAAGCUGCGAUUUGACUCCCCUUCAGAUGGAGGCCUGAUCCACAGAAGCCGCUCUUUCACUGGAUUCUCUUCUCUGACUGGUCGACAAAGAACGUCUUCUGUUCGUAACUCUCUUCGCGUCAAAGCCAUGACAGGAAAUAAAGCGAGCAGGGCGCCCGUCUCCCCCCGCAGAAGUUCAGGCGCUAUCUGGUCUCUGCAGCCGGAGCAAGUCGACAGGGUUUUUCAGGCACUACGCAAAGGACUCAAGGACUACCUGGAGGGUCACCAAGCUGAGAUGGACUUCCUGUCUUCACAGCAGAGAGAGACUAAAAGAAACUCGAGACUGGCCUUUCUUUAUGAUCUGGAGAAGGAGAUCAGAUCUUUGGAGAGAUAUAUACGACGAUUAGAAUUUCAAAUCAGUAAGGUAGAGGAGCUGUAUGAGACAUAUUGUAUUCAGUGGAGAUUGUGUCAGGGAGCGGUCAACAUGAAGAGAGCCUUUUCACUGUCCCCGUCCACCAGAGCCUCCAGAGAGAGUCUGCUGGAGCUCAACCGCAACCACAGACACAGCCUGCAGGACAUGUCAACAAUGGAAGGAGAGUUAGAAAUCCUGCUCGGAGAGCUACACAUCAAAAUGAAGGGUCUCAUCGGCUUCGCUCGACUUUGUCCAGGAGACCAGUACGAGGUGUUGGUACGACUGGGCCGCCAGCGAUGGAAGAUCAGAGGGAGGAUUGAAUCGGAUGAUAGUCAGUCAUGGGAUGAAGAGGAGAUGGUCUUCCUCCCACACAUUCACCACAACUUUGAGAUAAAGGUGACGGAAGCAAAGGGUUUGAGCUGGCUGCUGGUUGGCACGGUAACGUGUGCAAGCGCAGACUUCUUUGUGGCAAGGCCUCAGGUGAUGCUGGUGGACAUCACAGAGUUGGGAACCAUCAAACUGCAGCUGGAAGUGACCUGGAAUCCAUUUGACGGCACUGAGAAGCUGAGGCCGCUGUCUGGAAACAAGCAGUCAGUGUCCAGCAGAAAGAGUUCAGUGUACAGCUGGACGGCACCGAGUACCCCCUCCUUCACUGAGAAAUACUUUAUUUCUAUGGUGCGUGAGCUGCGGGAUCAGGAAGGUUCUCUUCCAUCUCUGGUGCCCAAAAGUCAUCCCAACAGAGGAGGAAUGUCUCUGCUCAGCUACCUCUCCAACCCUUCAAACACCUCCAUCGCAUCAAGCCACAGUCCUCAGAGCCCAUACACCCCGAGUCUCUCAAGGACUCACAGCUACCCUUUCAGCCCAAGUCGAGACACCAGUCUGGGAGGAAGUCGGACUCAGCUGUCGCUCGGAGAAGAAGAAUCCCUGGAGAUCUCAACAGAGGAGUCAGAGACGAAGAAGAGGGUGGACAAGAAGGUAGAUGAGGAGAAGGAGGAGUGGGGAGUUGUGUUAGAGAGUCCAUCCUUACCAGAAGAAAGUAAAACAGACUCCCUUAUGACCUUACAGAGGUCGAGCACUCCAGACAUCCUGAGAAAGAACACAUGUGGAGAAGCAGAGCCUGAGACCCACAGCGUAGCCCCAAGUCAGGACACAGUCACUGGGCAGGACUCCACAGAUUGUGAGGAAUACUCUGUCACAGCCUUGCCAACACCACCUUCUCAAACCCCAGCUGCACCGCAAACCUCGCCCACAGCAGCUGCUCCGACACCGGUGAGGCUGGGUGUGAGCGGGGUCCAACGUCAUGCCCAGGCGCUCAGACUGGGAGCCAUUAUUGCAGAGCUGGAGAAAAUAUUACAGGAUCAGAGCUGUGCUGACAAGGAGCUGAGAGCUCUGGAGCACCAGAUACUGCAUCUAGCCACCAUACUGAAGAACGACCUGUCACUGCUGAGAAGCUCAUCAUCAGAGGAGACUCUGGCUGUUGAGGAGGUGCUGGGUAGCUUUGACUUUCUGUCAAACGACCUGAACGGAGAUGAUGACGCCUCCUGUUUGGGAAGCCUGAGACUGAAGGACAGUGGCAUCAGUUCUUUCCAGCAGAGCACGCUGAGGAUUCAUGGCUUUCUCUCUCAAGGCAGCCAGUCGGCUUCUGAGGAAGAGCUAGUCAUCACUCCUCUGACCUCUGGAAACUGGGGUCUUGAUCAAGCUCUGGAGACUCACCUGGAUAUCUGUUGCAUCCUGCUGCAGAUGAUAAGAACAACCGACUUCACCCCGUCUAGAAGGGAGCUGCUGGAGGAAAUGUCUCUCCAGGCUGAGGUCCUGGACAGAAUCAGCUGUCUGCUGCUGGAGAAGAAUGACAACAUCUCCACACGAGACAUCCUCCCUAAGGCCCAGAGAACGAGAGGUGUGCUGUUGUUCUGGGAGGAGUGUGUGCACGACAUCAGCUCUCCUUUCUGUUGCCACAUAGACACCUUCACCAGGACGCUGAAGAAGCGUUACACACACAAGGUGAAGGCCAAGCAGCCCGGCCAAUCAGAGAAAGUGUUUUCUCAGCUCUUGCAGCAGGUUCAGGCGGCCUGCCGGGUGGUGCCCAGCUCUCGGUCAGUCUGCAGCCCGGAGAGAGUCACCCUCUUCCAGCUGUCAGUCUACCUGAAGCGUUGGAAUUUCCAGGAGCUUGGAGAGCACAUCUCCCGCCUCUCAAAAGAAGAGUACAUCCUCUCGGCCCUGAGUAGCCCCAAACGGCGGCGGGCUUUAAAUAAGCUGAGGGGCCGGAAGAUCACAGAGCUACUUCCACUGGGAUGCACCCUGCAGACUCUCGCCUCCCUGCAGAUCGACUCCAACCACAAAGUCUGCAAAGCUGCCACCAACUGCAUCUCCAGAGCUGCUGGAUACAAGGCCUUCAGGAACAAGGCAGUGCUUUACUACACAGAAAGCCUGAAAAGUAUUGAUAUUAAAAUCCAGCAGAGCUCCUGUUUGGCUCUCAAAUGCCUCCGGGCGACAGAGAGUGUGGACCACAUAGCAGAUUUAUGGAGAUCAACAGAUGAAGAUCUGCGUAGUGCUGCCAGAGAAACUGUCCUCUCCUUUGGUAAAAAGGGAUACCAGGCCUACCAGAGGAUGGACCAGCUAGACACUGAGAUGCAGGAUGAGGCUUACCAGAACCAAGAGACUGAGAUUACGAUUUUAUAGGAAACAGAUCUGGAUCAAAGAAUGGGCACAAAUGUUGUAAUGAUGCCCGCCAAGAGACUAAAACCAAGCCUAUGUCAAAAUGGAGAAAGUUUACGAAUCUGUCAGGACGCCGCACCUUCUGGGAAAACUUAAUUUUCUUUUACGAAUCUGUGGUGCGUGUGCUACCAGAGAAACAACUGCAGAGGAAGAUCUUAUGAUGGAGACUUCAGCUUUCCCUGGAUGGAUCAUUCACUCACUGAUGUUGAUUAAUGACUUUUUAUUUCUCCUGUAUUGUUUUACUCAGAAUUUGAAUUUAUUUUUGUUAGAUAUGUAGAGUUUUUCUUAAAGAAGACGUCAGCUGUAGUCUGACUCUUUUCUAGUGCUGGGAGUUUUUUCACCAACCAGUCGAUAUGACUGUCUUAUUGGGACAUGAAGGAUAAAUAUAAUAUUAUUUUACAUAAUCUUGCAAGCGCGCGUGUGUGUGUGUGUGUGUGUGUGUUUAGAGCAAUAAUCGGCUACAAUAAAACAAAAAAUAUCACAUGAAUAUUAAACCCUGGCAGAUUAAUGAAAUCCAGAUUAACAGCCUCUCCUGUCUGUGAGAGCUGAGUCUUGAAUUAAUUUUAAACAAGAGGAGUCUACAAAUCAAGUUAUGUCACGCUACCCAUUUUUCUAAUCAUUUUUAAUUUUUUUUAAGGAGAAAAAAAUUCAAAUAUAUCUGAAAACAAAUGCAGUCUUUCAGGUUUUAUAUUCAGGACAAUUCCUUUUUUAUAUAUUUUCACAUGCAAUUCUUCUUUGACAAAAUGGAUGUUUAGACAAAAUUGUUCAUGUUGGUGAAGGAAAAUAUUUGGCCUGCUGCCUUUGUGCCAUCACAGAAACGGAGAUCUCUGCUGGCCUCUGCUGGCUGUUCUCAUAUACUGGAGCUGGAGAGGGACCCGAGGACACGUUUGCCUGCCACAGAAUAGAUUUGGCUGUGGUUAGAGUGACCUAGGACCUCACUGACCAGACUGUUUGUGAUGCCGUGGGAAGAAAGCUGCUGCCAACAGCAAAGCAGUUUAAGUUGUGGCAUAAAAUGACAUUUUUCUUCAGCCUUAUUGUGUCCAUGAGAACUCUGCAUCAACUUUAAGGAAUCAUGUUUGAAGAAUCUGCUUCAUGGAUUGAACACAGUGUUUGUUUCUUCUGUUUUGUUGAUAAUAGGAUGCAGAAUCAUUUAGCUUCCUGAAACAAAGAAAAAUCCUACAAAAUCUUAAAAACUGUGUUCAGUAAGAAGCAGAGCUGCGCUUUAA